UUUUGAAUUCAAAAAUUUUGAAUUAAAAAUUAGAUUUUCAACUAUUAUUCCAAUGAUGUUGUGUUUAAAAAUUUAACUUUUACAAUAUGUUUUAAUUCCGAUGUUGGGAUUAAAAAUUAGACUUUUAUAAAAUUAGAUGUUUGGGAUUAAAUAUUUAAAAUUUAAUUUUUUAAUUUGAAUUUGUAAAUUUGCCGACCACUGCUUUAGAGUAUUAAAGAUGAUGGCUCUGUACGAGCUCUAGUUUAAAACAGUAGACCACGAAAUACACAAACGCGAAACAAAUGUUAAUUCUAAAACAAUUUCUUUUUUAAUUCUUAAUUUUAUACUUGGGCUUACUUUUUUUUACUAUUUGUGGGAUUAAAUAUUUUUUAUAUUUUUCAAUACUGUAUUUGGGAUUAUAAAUAAAAGACCAUAUUAAAUCAAAUAUUAAUUCUUAGUUAAUUAUUUUAUUAAUGCAUUAUUUGCAGCCCUACUUAUUUCCCUCCAUCUUAAAAAUAGGAAAAUUCUGGUCUGCCCUUCAUCAACACUAACUGAAAGUACUUCAGAUAUGAGCCCUGCCUUGAUAGUGUGUACCAAUUUAGUUCGAGCUCUGUAACUAGAUCGAUUGUCAACCCGCAGAGACGCUGAGCUUGACUCCAAUGGUCUGCACCCUUGAGCUGGUUGACCCUAAGCACUAAAUUAUACUUCCUUUGGAUAUGUAUUGGCUUCACAUCGAGGAUGGCCUCCAGAGCCUUUGUUGAGAUAUUUUUCAAAUGCUCCCGCUGCGCCUAUCCCAGAAGCUUAGAAUAGAUUAAUUAAUUUUCAGGUAUGCACCGCGACCUAAGGUCUAUUGUGCCCUAUCCCAGAGGCUUAACGUUUUACUUUUUCAUUAGGGCUUUCCACCAAGCAAUGCAGGAGUUCCAAAAUCAAAACGCUUUGAAAGCCCUGCAUUAAAUGCGUUCUCUACAGCUUCGUUUCGUCCUGUGUCCUUCCGCCCACUUAGCGGAGAUAUCAAUUUCCUCUCUCCUCUCCGCACAGCAAAAUACUUUGAAUUUCUCCCUGACGAGUAGAAAUAUUAAUUCGUUUAAGAAGAUAAUAAAGUAAGGGGUAUAAGACACCGCAUCCGGAGUGUAACAAGUGAUCUGAUGAGCGAUUUUGAUACCUUCCUUAUUGUAUAUGAGUUGUAUAUUGCUUAGCAUAUGACUUAAAUAGGCUUAGGUUCUGAUUCGGUCGACGAUGUCAAGUCAAUAAAGGUCGCUAGGGGACUAUUUGAAAUUUGUCUGAAGAUCCUUCAAUUUCCCCGACUACUUCGUAUAGAGCGGUAUCAAAUGACUUACCUUUGAUAUAACUUGCUGCAUGUAGGCCAGGCGAAUAGGUGGAAUUUGGUUUUUAAUGAGUUUGUAGUAGGAAAGAUGUUAGAUUGAUUGAUAUAGGUACAUAUGUACAUAUAAUAUUUUGGCAAGGAGUAAUUGUCUUUUCUCGGUUUCAGGAUAAUUUAAACCUUCUCUUCCUGCCACUUAGUAGUGGGUGAAGCCAAGCCCACUUUUUAAAAGUUUUCAAACCACAGAUGCCCUCCCUCAUGCAUUUCGCUGUACAAAUUAAUCAUCAAAACUAUCUUAACUGUCUUAAUUUGCGGCUUAGUUAUGGGCUUUUAUAAACUUUCAGUUAACUGAAUUUUUUGGGCGUGGCAGUAAUCUGAUUCCGCCCGUCUACAAUACCGAACUUUCCAUGAUGCCAAGGAACAUGUGUAGUUUUUUCUCAAGUUCCAGCUUGCACGGACGAACACACAGAGAGUAACCUUGUUUCGCCAUCCUGACCUUUUACAUAUAUAUAACUCUACAUCUAUCUCGAUAAGUUUUAGGGGUUAGUCUUAAGGUGAACAAAACUAUUAUACUAAUAACGAAUAAAAUAUAUACUGUAUUGUUGUAUAUUGUAUAUAUGUACAUACAUAUAUUGACUAGUAGCACGUGUGUAAUAAAGUUUUGCACACCAAGAUAAAAUUCACACCCUUUUAUUUUUUACAAAUUGUGAGAGCAUCUAUUGUUCGACUUCACCUAAACUGAGCGCUUUUUUACUUGUUUAUUAAUAAUGAAGUGCAGAUAUCUCCAAAUAGUUCCAGAACGUUCAAUUCUAUUAAAUUACGAGAGUUUCUAAAAUUCCUUUGCUCCCAACCUUAGCACUUCUGCUUAUGUUGCGAUAGUAUAAAACAUCUGAGUAUACAUUCAUACAUAUGUAUGUGUCAGAUAGACUAUUGAUGCAUUAUUACUCUGAAUAGGUCAGCUUUAGAGUUUUGUACAUAAGAAGAAUUGACUAUAAAGCAAUUAUUCGUUAUCAGCACUUUAUUAUCAGUACUUUAUAAAAAUAGCGAGUUCGUUUAUUUAUACAUAGAUUAAAAAUAUACUUGUCUCAUCUAGACUUCAUCCCGCCAUUUUAGUUAAUACCGAAACAUCAUAAGCAAUGUUUAAAGUGAACAAAUUUAAUGGUAUUUCUUAUGCUUUACCAAAGAGUUUUCAGAAAUAUUGCAGUGCAAAUAACUUAAUUAAAGCCCAACACACAGCUCUAUAUGAUUUUCAUAAGAAACAUGGAGGAAAAAUGGUGCAUUUUGGAGGAUAUAUUCUUCCAGUACAGUAUGUGGAUCAGAGUAUAGUUUCAUCUCAUUUGCACACACGCCAUCAUGCUUCCAUAUUUGACGUUUCGCAUAUGUUACAAACAUAUGUACGUGGAAAAGAUGCCAUACCAUGUAUAGAAUCUCUAUGCACUGCUGAUAUUAAGGGAAUGACUUUUGGCACAAGCUCCUUAACAAUAUUCACAAAUGAUAAUGGAGGAAUAUUAGAUGACUUAAUUGUGUCCAAAAUUGAUGACGAACAACUGUAUAUUGUCUCGAAUGCUGCAAUGAAAUCUCAAGAUAUGGAAAUAAUGCUAGAAGCCAAGGAUCGGUUUAAAGCAGAGGGAAAAAACGUUGACAUCGAAUUUUUGUCUACAAGCGAUCAAUCCCUCAUUGCUUUACAAGGACCAAAAAGCGUCAGAAGUUUGAAAAAACUUCUUCCGAAACCAAAAAUAUUGGACCAGUUAUAUUUUUUGCACACGACUGUUAGUGAAGUAGCUGGAAUUCCAAAGUGUCGUAUAUCACGUUGUGGUUAUACUGGGGAAGAUGGUAUAGAAGUGUCCGUUUCUUCGACUCAUGUUGAAUACUUAACCGAAGCGUUGUUAGAAACAAAUGAACAUUUAAAAAUGGCUGGCCUGGGUGCAAGGGACACGCUAAGAUUGGAAUCUGGUCUAUGUCUGUAUGGCAGCGAUAUCACCGAUGAUACUACACCAGUAGAAGCAGGCUUAGCUUGGUUAAUUGCACGACGCCGGCGUAAUGAAAGGGACUUUCCUGGUAGCAACCGGAUUUUGUCACAAUUAAAUAAGCUAGCAGGAGAAAUUAGUCGUCGUCGGAUUGGUUUAAUUAUGUGUGGAAAAAAAAAAACUCCUCCAGCACGCGCUGGCAUAAAAAUCUAUUAUAAAGAUAGAGAAGUUGGAUUUAUAACAAGUGGUGGUAUAAGUCCAUGCCUUGGGAAAAAUAUCGCGAUGGGCUAUAUUUUAGAGGAACAUUCAAAUAUACCAAAUAAAAUGGUGCAUCUUAAAAUUCGAGAUAAUUUUUAUGAUGCUAUUAUUACAGACAUGCCCUUUGUGAAACUCCAUUACUUCAAUAAACCGAAAAAAUCAAUUUGAAAAUAUCCGAGA